GUUAUUCGGAAACUUCUCCCCUACUAUUUUUUCUCGCUUUUGCUAUCUUCGUUUCGAAUUUACGCAUGUUCUUGUGGAACAACGUUUCCAUGUACAAGCCGUGGCAUCUCAGAACCGGAAAAGCACACAGCUGCUAACCUCUCAUGCUUACAGUGCCAAGUAACUGCCAUCGAACUAGUCACCUUAUCUCCUGUCGAUUUCAAUGGCUGCUGUUACAAUCACUAGGGGAGAUGCACAGUUCUCGCCCGGAAACGACGACAAUGUCGAACCAUUCCAGAACAACACUGUUCCUGCUGGGCGAAAGAGAAAGACUUCUGACUCAUCCGCCGGAAACAAUAACAAGAGCCAUGCGCAACGGCAGAAGAUCACUAGAGCAUGUGAUUACUGCAAGGGAAAGAAGACCCGUUGCACAGGGACGCUUCCAUGUUUAAGAUGUUCUAGGCUGUCGCUGCGCUGCGAGUACAAUGCUGCUUAUUCGAGGGGGCUACCCCCGGAGCCUCUACCAUUUGCAAAUAGCGGAGGUGGAAAUAGCAGCCCCUCGUCCAAUCAUAUCGGUUAUGAUCUUAGCCCUCCGUCUCAAGGAUCUGCUAGGAGCCGUCUCGCAUGUACUGCUUCCUCGCGCUCGCAGCCUUGUAGAGACAGCUUGGAGCCUGAGUCCCGGGAUUCUCCAGAGCCGGUGGCUACAGACCUCGAGGGCAACUAUCUUGGUCCUUCGUCGGGCAUUUCUUUUCUCAAUCGAGUAUGGCAGCGCUUACACCACGAUGAAUCAUCUGCGAUCACGGACGAACUACAGAAUGAGUGCUCGUCGAGGAAUACAUCUGUGUUCAUGUUCGGGGACAGGCCAUACUCAAAUUUUCAGGAAUCCGGCUUUACGCUUCCACCUUUUGACAAGGCCCGGGAGCUAGUUGAUAUUUAUUUUGAUUACGCCAUUGUAACCUAUCGUUUCUUGCACAGGAGGGGCGUCGACGAGUGGCUGAAUCAGGUGUAUGAGAAUGAUUUCUCCAUUGCUAACCCACCGACUGGCAAUAUGGUUGCGAGAACCGCCAUCAUACUCAUGAUUUUCUCGGUGGCUACUCUGUACGAGGAACAACAUCCUGGGAUUCAGAAAGACCAUGGGAAUGAAAGUGAGCUAUGGUAUACGGCCUCGAAAUACAUGUCUUCUAUAGAAUCUGGUCCUCCGCGAUUAGAGACGAUCCAAGCACGUUUAGGCCAAUGUCUUUACUUGCUUUCAUCCUCUCGAGCAAAUGAAUGUUGGUAUGCAUUUGGUACGGCCUUGCAGCUCGUGACAGCACUAGGGCUGCAUAGAAAGUUUUCUGUAAAGUCCAAGAAUGGAAAUACCUACUUUGAACAGGAACUUCGAAAGCGCAUCUUUUGGAGCGCAUACACUCUGGACAAGUACCUCAGCGUUAUGUUUGGACGGCCUAGGCUGCUCCAUGAUGAAGAUAUUGACCAGGAGCUUCCUGAAGAAAUGAAUGACGAGGACAUGCUACAAGAAAACCCGGAAAAGAGGACUGGCUCAGCAGAUUGUAUGAUGAUUGCGUCUGUUCUUCAUUAUAAAAUUGGUCGUAUUCUCGGAGAAAUCUCAAGGCAACUUGGUUCGAUCAAUCCCCAUUCUCGAGAUUCGCCAAUUGACAGAGUCGUCCGUCUUACGACAGAGCUGGAGAAGUGGAAAGAAGAUAUGCCGCCAUUGUUCAGUAGCGUUCGCCCGACGAGCCUUAUCCCGCCACUUUGUCGGCAGAGCCAAGUCCUACAGCUGGCAUAUUCCCAUGCGAUGAUUCAUGUUACCCGGUCAUUCCUCUUGAAUGAUUUCACGGACCUCAGCCGCAGGCCUCAAAUACCUCAUCCGACAGUGGCGAAUAUCUUGCAAAAAUGCAUUGGUGCUGCUGAGAAUGUCAUUACUCUCGUGGACAGUCUCGCGAAACAGGGCGUCAUGAUACAGUCGUUCUGGUUCACACAUUAUGUAUGUUUCUGCGCCAUUAUCGUGGUAUACAUAUACAUCAUUCAACAGCAUCAAUCCCAAUCCUCUUCUUCAUCAUCAUUUUCGCCACAAGGUACAGAAUAUAGCACUCGCUUGCACGAUCUGUUCAACCUCGCAGAAGCCUGUCAACAGCAUCUAGCAGAGGCCACUCGCAAAAACUGCCCGAGUCGUCGCUACAGCAUCAUCUUGGAGGAGUUAAGACGUGAGGUACAUAGACAAAUUGGGUCUCCACUACCGUCGAGCCCACCGAUAAACCUAAAUCAGGAAGAUCCCCUAGACCAAGAUCAAUUCCUUUUCACCAAUGUUGACCAGUCAGUCUCGCUAGAUUCCAGUGUUUUGGACUAUGCUCCACCACAGAAUUUUCUGGCGCCAGGCUUUUCUGGCGCUUCGUUUGAUCCUAUGGUUGAAAUUGGCCUUCUGGGGAGCCUGGAAGGGCCGAAUUGGUGGGCUCAGCUGGAUUCUUGGGCUUUUUCAAAUCCGUCUAAUGAUCCAUCCAUGUUUAUGUUUUGAUGUACAGUCAAUGGCGUACGAUAUUUAGCACUUAUUUUGGUAGCGCAACAAGAUUAUAUCCCAAAUGGCCUUUUUUUGGUUGUAUCAUAUGUCCCACUUACAUUUUGGAUUCCGGCAAUUGUCUGCAUGUUGGC